AUGUCAUCGGGUAAGAGCAUUUCAUUGAAGGGAUCAACUCGUACAAUUACUGAAUUUUUUGAAUAUAGUAUAAAUUCAAUUCUUUUCCAACGAGGUAUAUAUGCAGCUGAAGAUUUCACAACUGUAAGGAAAUACGAUUUAACAUUAUUAAAGACACAUGAUGAGGAACUGAUGACAUAUAUUCGUAAAAUAUUAAUACAAGUCCACAAAUGGAUCCUUGGUGGUAAAUGUACCAAACUUGUAUUAUGCAUUGUAGAUAAGGACACAGGAGAUGUUGUUGAACGAUGGGCAUUCGAUAUUCUACGACUCGAUAGUGGAAGUACAGAAGAAGCCGAUAAUGAUGAAAAAUCGACAGAGAUAGAUCCAGAAACGACUCAGAAACAGAUAAGAUCAUUGAUAAGGCAAAUUACCGCGAGUGUAACAUUCCUGCCAGAACUAGUAAAUGAAGGUAAUUAUACAUUUAAUGUAUUAGCUUAUACAGAUGCAUAUGCAAAGGUCCCUUUAGACUGGGGCGAUUCUAAUAGUAAGGAGAUCGAAGAUGGAGAAAAAGUGCAAUUCAAGUCAUUUGAAACAAAUGAUUAUAAAGUCGGUGCACACGUCAGUUAUAAACAGGAUUGA